AUGUCCUUGUCUUCCAUUUGCUGUGGGAACUUCCAUCUACUAAGGAACUCUAUAGGAGACACUUGCAGUAUCAGGUGGCUUAAAUACCAUAGCAGAUUAAUAUAUGAAACUUUCCUCUCAAGCAGAAGACAUCAAAGUAGACCUCUUAGUACAACAGUGCUAGCAAGAAGCACAAGAAAAGGAAGUAAGCAGUCAUUUAGCAAUAGCCGUCAUUUGCACGGUAAAUCGGUUGAAUCAUCAAUUGAAGUGUUCAAGCAGUCAGAGCUUGAGCAGCUUAAAUCACUUCAUUGCUACAAUGUUGAGGAAGAGUUUUCUGGGGUCAAGACCGAAUGGCCUGCAACUAUCCUUGUAUUUGAUAUUGAAACUACAGGCUUCUCACGUCGUGAUGACAGAAUUAUUGAGUUUGCUGUUCGUGAUCUUAUGGGGGGAAAGAAUAGCACUUUCCAGACACUCAUAAAUCCCGAGCAAGAGGUGAGAAAUUCAUAUGUUCAUGGUAUUAGCAACAGCAUGCUCUGCAGACCUGAUGUUCCAAGAUUUGGAGAGCUUAUUCCCAUUCUGCUACAAUAUGUGUGGAGUCGUCAAAUGGACGGCAAACCAGUUAUGUGGGUUGCUCAUAAUGCGCGUUCCUUUGACGUACCCUUUCUCAUCUUUGAGUUCCGACGGUGUAAAGUAGAGAUGCCUGGUGAUUGGCGCUUUGUAGAUACUCUUCCUAUCGCAAGACAAUUGGUCGAUUCUAAUGGGUCAAAACUCAGUUCUGUGUCAUUGAAGAACCUGAGAGAACGCUACAAAAUUCCACUCACAGGGAGUGCGCAUCGUGCCAUGCAGGAUGUGACAACCCUCUGUUAUGUGCUUCAGAAAUUGACCUUUGAGCUGAAACUAACUGUUCCUCAGCUGCUCGAGAAGUCUUUCCGAGCAUCAGAUCUUCCAGCGACUCGUCCUGAAAAGUAA